UUGCAUUCACUUAUUUUAAACGUAUACUUAUCCUUUAAAGUAGAGAGUUGUAGUCCAACUAUAGCUGUAAGAAAUAUUUGUAGUUGCACUGGUACCUCACAGUCUUAGGGUCGUUUUAAUGUUUAGAAACGGUGUAAAUUAUCUUUCGCCAUCACAUUCCACAGUAAUGGUUGCUUUAUUUUUUUUUUAUUUAGGAAAAUGAAGAUUCCAUUGCUAUUGGUUAUCUUUACUCUUGUGGUACAGCCUGCAUUCCUGUUACGAAAGUCCAAACGGCAAAGUGACUUUUGGGACAACUGGGGAGAAUGGAAGGAGUGCAGUCAUAGUUGUGGGGGAGGAGUAAGUUUCAGAGAGCGCCAGUGCUACUCCCGCAGGGCAGAUGGGGGAUCGAUUUGUAUUGGACCAACCAAAAACUACCGUUCCUGCAAUGUUCAGGAAUGCCCUGAGGGCUCUCGUGAUUUCCGCGCAGAGCAGUGUUCAGAAUAUGAUGGAAUGGAAUUCCAAGGCAAAAGGUACAAGUGGCUUCCAUAUUAUGGAGCAUCCAAUAAAUGUGAGUUGAACUGUAUCCCCAAGGGAGAGAAUUUCUACUACAGACACAGAAUGGCUGUGCUUGAUGGGACCCCAUGUGAGCCUGGAAGAAGAGACAUUUGCAUUGAGGGUGUGUGCAAGACUGUUGGCUGCGAUAACAUAUUGGACUCUUCCAAGAGGGAAGACAUGUGCUUGGUGUGUGGAGAUGAUGGCAGGUCGUGUUAUGAGGUCAAAGGACAGUACGUGUCACCUGUUUUGUCAAAAGGAUACAGUCAGCUUUUCACCAUUCCCUUUGGGGCUACCAGCAUCCAAAUUAAAGAAGUUGCUCCUACAAGGAAUUUCUUAGCCAUAAAGAAUGUCCAAGGGGAGUAUUAUCUGAAUGGAUACUGGACCAUUGAAUUUAGUCGAGCUCUAGAUGUUGCCAGUACAGUCCUUCAUUACUAUCGAGGAACUGAGGGAGAUCUGGCCCCUGAGGUUAUAACUGCCAGGGGUCCAACCACUGAGCCUCUUGUUGUGGAGCUGAUAGGAGAAGAAGCCAACCAAGGUAUUCAGUAUGAGUACUACCUCCCUAACCAGGCUAACCAGGAUGAUUACCAUUGGAGUUACAGUUCUUGGAGCGAAUGCAGUGCUGAGUGUGGAGGAGGUUAUCAGACACGUCUGGUUUUCUGCAUUAUAGACAAUGAAGCAUAUCCAGACAUUAUGUGCAAGGAGAAGUCUUCUCCAUCCAGCAACAGGACCUGCAAUAACCGGCUUUGCCCACAAAUGAAACGGAUGUCUUACAUUUAUUCACCAUCAACGUGGAGCCGAGCAGGAAACACAAAAAUGACCAGCUGGAAAGUGAAUGAGUGGGGGUCAUGUUCAGCCACUUGUGGGGGUGGCACCCAGAGUCGCUCAGUCAACUGCGUCACAUAUGAAGCGAGGGCUUCUCAGCGCGAUGUUCCAGAUGCAGAAUGUGCAGCAUUCACAGAAAAACCAGCUGCCCAACAGAUCUGCAAUCUCCGCGCCUGUGCAAAAUGGAGUUUGGGACCAUGGACAACGUGUUCCACAGAGUGUGGGGAAGGAAUUCAGAAACGCACUGUAUCUUGUACAAUAGACUCUGGGGCUGUCGUACAGGACAUUGUCUGCCUCAUGCAGAUGAAGCCUCCAGAUACCCAGUUGUGCUAUGGGGAAAACUGCAUUCAAGAAAUCGGCUGGCAUAUUGGAGAGUGGGGGCUGUGUUCAAAGAGCUGCAACAGCGGCAUCAGGAAGCGCCAGGUGAUCUGUGCCGACAAUGAUCGUAACUUCUAUGAGCCGGAGACCUGUGAAGUUUAUGAGCCUGAAAAGCCUUCUUUGAUUGGGAGCUGUAACACGCAGCCCUGCCACCUGCAACAACAGGUUCCAAGCAUGCAAGAUACAUGGGGCUACGAUAAUUCAGAUCAGUUCAUCCUGACGCGAUAUAAUCGAGAUGGCUCCACACAGAACCGCAGACUAGUGGACAAAAACAGAAAUGAAGACAACUCCAUUCCCAAUUACCCCAGAGACUGCCGACGGAACAGAUUUGGUUGUUGCCCUGAUGGUGUCACAGAAGCUCACGGCUACAACAACAAGGGAUGCCCCCGGGAUUAUGGAGAUCCUUAUGUUGGCAGAAACCAGAGAGCUGAUCCUUCUCCUGGAAUUCCAUCUGAGGAGUGCCGAGCUUCUCAGUACGGAUGUUGUUUUGACAACAUGAAUAAAGCCACUGGUCCUGUGGGUGAAGGGUGCAGAAGUAAACCAAGUUAUCCAUAUCCUACAAUUUGUCUGCUACCAAGUGCUACAGGACCAUGCGCUGAUUGGUCAACCCGUUGGUACUUUGCGCCUGAAGUUGGAAAAUGCAGUCGUUUUUGGUACGGCAGCUGCCACGGCAACAAAAAUAACUUUGCCACAGAGGAGGAGUGCAGGAGAUCUUGCCAGCAAGUACAGGGCAGAAGUUCUGGUAAUGUAAAGUAUAGGUUCCGCAAGAGAGGCAUGAAAUGGGACCGACUGGCUCACAUUCAUUCAGUGGCCCAAGGAGAGGACCAGCCAGUAGAAGAGAGAAGAGAUCAGAAUCACGGGACGGCCAAAACACUUGACCAAGAUCUUGAAGGUAGUGAUGUCGCUGGUCAUAGUCAAGACCGCAGGAUGGACCACAGAAGAAAUGGAGGUUUCACAGAAAAGCAUGGAACUAACACAGAAGCGAAAUCAUCUAAGAAUUCUUCAGUUUACAGCACCUCCGUUAAAACUUACAGAACUGCACAGAGAAUGUAUAGACCACCCAGAACUGGCCAACUGUGAACUUGUUGUCUACACCCUCCUCUGCU